AUGCCAGGUGGUGGCUGGUCCAAGACAACCUCGAGUUGUAUCACCAAGUCCACUUGCUCCGUGGCCACAGUUCCCUGGACUUCGGUCAUCACCAAGCCUGAGACCUCAGUCUCUACUUGUGUGACCAGCUCUCCAGUCACCCACACGACUGCUGAGAGCAGCGUUUACACGACCACCGAGGCUACUAACUCGGUUGGCUCGUCCCAAAAGACGGUCUGGAGUACUGUCACCCAGACUAACGUCUGGACAACCUGGACUGAGGUGAGUCGUUCUCCUUUUUCCUGCUGCACAGAUCUUCUCGUGCGCCUCUUGCAGACUCCUUACUCAUGUAUACAACAGGUCUGUACCAAGCAGCCAGUGGUCAAAACGAACACUUGGGUCAAGAGCAAGCCUGUGGUCACCAAUGUUCCUUUCACUUCCACGGUCUAUGUGACCGAGACCAAGACCACUCAAGUUCCCAAGACUUACACCGACUACUCUGCCACCACCGAUUACAAGACCAUCACUAUCCAGAAGCCUUACACCACUACUGGUUACAGCACUGAGAGCAAGUGCAAGAGCACAACCUCUUGGUCUACCUGGGGUUGGUAA